AUGGAUUUCAAGCUUCAUUUUGGAAGUGAAAAUCUUACCAAAGAAAGGGUGAAUUACCUAGUUCGAAAUUCCAAAGACUAUGCCUUGAUGAAUGGCGCUUUACUGCAGUCAAAAAAGACAACGGGUAAAUCCGAAUUCGCACCUUUUAUGCUGUUCCCUACUCCUUUUCCGAAGAAGCUCUUCGAUGAAGUGAAGCAAGUACAGAAAGACUUAAAUCUUUUGGUAUAUAAUGUCAGCAAAGACCACGAAUUCUUGAAAGAAUCUCUACAAGGAUACAUAUCAGAUAAGGCUGCYGUACAGAGACUUAGGAGGACAUUCRCUGGCCUUUAUUCUCUAGAUGAGCCGAUAGAAGUUGGCAUAGUCCGAGCAGACUACAUGYUGGAAAGUGACAAACCAACUGUAAAAAGUGUCAAAGAAUGCAAUGAAAACAUAAGCGUCAAGCAGGUUGAGAUAAACACAAUGGCGGCAGGAGCUAGCAAGAGAUCUCUAGCUAUCAAAUGCCCAACUAUUGCAAGUCAGUUAGUAGGGACGAAGAAAAUCCAGCAAGUCUUGGCAAAACCUGGAGUGGUUGAAAAAUACAUAUCAGAUAAGGCUGCYGUACAGCGACUUAGGAGGACAUUCACUGGCCUUUAUUCUCUAGAUGAGGGUCCAGAAGGUGAUCAGACUGUCAAAAUGGCACUCGAAGAUCCAGAUAAGUUUGUUCUCAAGCCUCAGAGAGAAGGAGGAGGGCACAAUAAAUUUGGUGAAGACAUCAAGACUGCGCUAAGCCAGGAAGACAGAUCGCAGUUUAUUCUAAUGGACAAAAUACGAAGUCCUUCAGUGAAGAACUACAUUGUGCGUCCAGAAAAUAGCGAACCUGUUUUUACUGAUGUUGUCCCUGAAUUCAGCGUUGUCGGGGUAUACAUUGCGUAA